AGUUGAUAAAAAUAUAAAAUUAAUGUUGUGACCUUUUGAUCUAAGAUAAUACACGUUAUUCGUUAAAUAAGAAUCUGGAAGGUGCUCUCUGAUUAAAAUAAGCAGUUAAAGUCCAUUCAUAAAAAUGUCCGGAGUAGUUAUUGUUAACACUACUCCGUACGAGGGUCAAAAGCCGGGUACAAGCGGUUUGCGAAAAAAAGUUAAAGUUUUUCUUCAAGAAAACUAUACGGAAAACUUUAUUCAAAGUAUAUUAGAUGCUAAUAAAGAUGCUAUUGUGGGCUCAACACUUGUUGUUGGCGGAGACGGGCGCUAUCUGCUGAAGGAGGUCGUUGAUAAAAUCAUCAAAAUAUCUGCGGGUAAUGGAGUUGCCAAGUUGCUGGUUGGACAAAAUGGGAUUCUUUCCACCCCUGCUGUAUCAUGUAUCAUCAGAAAAUAUAAAACUUUAGGUGGCAUAGUGUUGACCGCAUCUCAUAACCCGGGCGGUAUUGACAACGACUUUGGCAUUAAGUUCAAUUGCAGUAAUGGUGGCCCUGCCCCAGAUGCGACUACAAAUGACAUUUACAAACUUACUACCACCAUUAAGCAGUACAAGAUCGCCAAUAAUAUAACCUGCCCCAUAGACAAGAUCGGUGUUCAUACUUUCAAUGUAGAAGACCGUCAAUUCACUGUAGAGGUCAUCGACUCUGUGCAAGAUUAUGUGGACUACAUGAAGGAAAUCUUCGAUUUUCCCAAGAUCAAAUCUCUCCUUCAGGGCAGUGCACAAGGAAAACCAUUUAAUGUGCUUAUUGAUUCGAUGAAUGGAGUCACCGGUCCAUAUGUGAAACGCGUUUUCGUCGAUGAACUGGGCGCGUCAGAGAAGAACGUGAGGCGUGUAGUGCCCCUCGAGGACUUCGGUGGGGCGCAUCCCGACCCAAACCUGACGUAUGCGGCUGAUCUCGUUGAAGCUGUCAAGAAUGGGGACUAUGACUUUGGUGCCGCGUUCGAUGGUGACGGUGAUCGCAACAUGAUAAUCGGUCGCGGCGCAUUCUUCGUGACUCCGUCGGACUCCCUGGCGGUGUUGGCCAACCAUCUGGACUGCAUCCCAUACUUCAAGAGUACGGGAGUGAGAGGAUUCGCCCGUAGCAUGCCCACCGCCGCCGCCGUAGACAGAGUCGCCGCUGCCGUAGGAAAAGAAAUCUUCGAAGUGCCUACUGGUUGGAAAUAUUUCGGUAAUUUGAUGGACGCCGGACGGCUGUCUUUGUGUGGCGAGGAAAGUUUCGGCACUGGAUCAGAUCACGUGAGGGAGAAGGACGGCAUGUGGGCCGCUCUCGCUUGGCUCUCAGUAAUUGCGAACACUGCUCAGUCAGUAGAACAAAUAUUGAUGGACCACUGGGCCAAGUUUGGAAGGAACUAUUUUACCAGGUACGAUUACGAGGAGUGUGCAAGCGACCCGUGUAACGAGAUGAUGCAAGUCCUGGAGCGCAGGAUCACGGAGGCGGGCUUCGUGGGGUCAUCGCACUCCGCCGCCGGGAAAACUUACGUGGUGAAGCUCGCUGAUAACUUCUCAUACAUGGACCCCAUCGACCAGAGCGUCUCCAUGAAACAGGGACUCCGCAUUAUAUUCGAAGACGGUUCCCGCAUAGUGUUACGUUUGAGUGGUACCGGCAGUUCCGGAGCUACAGUCAGGUUGUAUAUAGAUUCGUAUGAAGCGACCGAUGUACAAGGCGACGCUCAAGUAAUGUUGAGACCGCUUAUAGAGGUGGCCUUACAAAUAUCACAGCUACAAAAAUAUACCGGCCGUGACGCUCCCACUGUUAUCACAUAAUUAUGAGUAACAACACAGAAAACAUGUUAUACAUAAUGACUUUCAAGUCUUACGAUAAUUGUAAGUGUUCGAAUGUUAAAAAUAAAUACAACCUUAUUUUAAAUGUAAUAGAAACCAAAACUGGAUUGUGUAUAUGUAACAAUUAAACUUCAGUGUAAAUAAUAUUGUUUUAAACCUUAUUAACAGUACAGUACAGUUUAAAAUCAAUUGGUAUUUUGUCUUAACUGGAUGCUGUCAGUACAGGUUCGAUCUUUUGAUCUUUAAGUUCCAAAGUGUUUGUAGUUUAGAUAUUAGGUAGUAUCUGAUAUGUUACUUUGUGUUCAUUAUAAAUAUUAUCAUUGUUAAACUGGAAAUGAAAAACUUGUUAUAUUUAAAUAAUUUUAUUUGUAUAUGCACUUUUGUAAUGUAAGCUACUAACAUUCGAUUUAAGUUGUAAUAACACAACGCUCUUGCAGCUAAUAAAAUAUAUACUUAAGUAUUUCCGCUAUGUUGAUAAAGUUUGUGGUUUUGAUAUUUGAGAUUUUUCACAGAAUUUAUUUUUGGUUAUUAUUGUUAUUUUUUUUUAUUUACAAAAUAAAAUUAUAAUUAGU